UGCUUUGAGAUUCUUAUAUUUUAUUUCAUAAACCACAAACAUGAUGAAGCAGAAAGAGCCCUGCUUGGGGAUCAGAAGCCCUCUGUUUUUGGUCUUGGCCAGGAACUUUUGAGCAAGUCACUUUGCCAACCCAAGCCUUCGUUUCCAAGUUUGCAAAAUGAGGUUGCACCAGAGGAUCUUCAAGGGUCGUACAAUCCUAACAGCAUGUGGAUUACUGUGAGCCACGUUUCCGUGUGACUUGGAUGGCGGGGACAGCACGCCAUGACCGAGAGAUGGCAAUCCAGGCCAAGAAAAAGCUCACCACGGCCACCGACCCCAUUGAAAGACUCCGACUGCAGUGCCUGGCCAGGGGCUCUGCUGGGAUCAAAGGACUUGGCAGAAUGUUUAGAAUUAUGGAUGAUGAUAAUAAUCGAACCCUUGAUUUUAAAGAAUUUAUGAAAGGGUUAAAUGAUUAUGCUGUGGUAAUGGAAAGGGAAGAGGUGGAAGAACUUUUCCAGAGGUUUGAUAAAGAUGGAAAUGGAACAAUAGACUUCAAUGAAUUUCUUCUCACAUUAAGACCUCCAAUGUCCAGAGCCAGAAAAGAGGUAAUCAUGCAAGCUUUUAGAAAGUUAGACAAGACUGGAGAUGGUGUUAUAACAAUCGAAGACCUUCGUGAGGUGUAUAAUGCAAAACACCACCCAAAGUACCAGAAUGGGGAAUGGAGUGAGGAACAAGUAUUUAGGAAAUUUCUGGAUAACUUUGAUUCACCCUAUGACAAAGAUGGAUUGGUGACCCCCGAGGAGUUCAUGAACUACUAUGCAGGCGUGAGCGCAUCCAUUGACACUGAUGUGUACUUCAUCGUCAUGAUGAGAACCGCCUGGAAGCUUUAAGCAUGUGACCUGGGGACCAGGCCUUGGGACAGCCAUGUGGCUCCAAAUGACUAAACCUCAGUACAAAAACCAGAAUCAUAUUUGAUUUCACACUCAUCCUAAUGUUUUUUUCUAUGUCAAAAUACUCUUUUUCUGGGGCCAAAAAACAGGCAGAAAUAAAAGACAUCGAGUAGCCAACUGAGAGCUUGCCUUCCCUGAGACUGUUUCCUUUGCUCUAAAAUAGGACUUAAAUAAAAUGAGCUCUGUAAA